GUUCCGAUUUCCCGGCUAAGAUUUUCAGUUUCCAUUCGCCGAAAAACCACCGAUUUUGGGCAAAUGUCGGCAUCUUCCAAGUAAAACCAUCAAUAGUAGGAGCCUACACUGAGCCCAGAAUGAGCCAUCGAUCUGUUGAUCGUUCAGCGCCUUACAGGUCAAGACACCGUUCACGUUCGCGCAGCCCUCCCCCAAAUAUUAUUGCCAGACACGUCGAACGCGCAGUGCAAGAAGAGCCUACGAAUCUGAUCAACUUCUCCUUUCUCAAUCAUCGGCAUGACUUAAACCGGGUGCUGCGAGGUUACUCCGCUCGUGACCAACUCGUAGACGAUGUGAACGAUUUCUGGUUGUUCGUGAACAAGUAUGAGGCACUACUGAAACGCACCGGUCAGCCGGUGCUUCCGGAUCCCGCCCUUCCCUCCGGGAACGAUUCGUAUGGCGGUCAAAUACCGAGCGAGUAUAAUAAAGCCCUGGGAUGUUCUGUUCGAUUACGAGUCCCUAUAGAGGAACUGCAAAGCCGGCUUGGAGCAAACUCGGCCAACAGCGCCAUAACACGUACCAAACUGCUCCAAUGGCUGCAAAUCGUCACUCACUAUUUGGACUUUCGCCAGCGAGAGAAAUUUGCCAAGCUUCGCAAACUACGCCAAACCCAGGCGAACCUUCCGGUAGCGAAGCAUCGUGAUGAAAUUGUCGAAGCGGUUCGGAACGAGCGUGUGGUCGUACUUGCGGGCGAUACCGGUUGUGGCAAAUCGACCCAGGUUCCCCAAUACCUAUACCGUGCCGGUUACGAACGUAUUGCCUGCACGCAACCGCGGCGGAUCGCUUGCAUCUCACUGUCCAAGCGUGUAGCUCACGAACUGCUGGCGGAAUAUCGGACCGAGGUGGGCUAUCAGAUAAGGUUUGAACGAAGCAAGAGCACCCACACCAAGAUCGUGUUCAUCACGGAAGGUCUUCUACUGCGUCAGCUGGCCAGUGAGGACUGCCUGGAGCAGUACUCGGUUAUCAUUCUCGAUGAGGUACACGAGCGGCACCUGCACGGAGACUUCCUGCUCGGUAUCGCCAAGUGUCUGAUCCGGGCUCGGCCUAACUUAAAGCUGGUGCUUAUGUCGGCCACAAUUAACAUUAAACUGUUUGCCGAUUAUUUCUCGGAGGAGGAGGCACGAAUCAUCGAGGUACCGGGUAGACUGUACCCGAUCAAGCUACACUACAUGCCCCAGCUUAAGGACGCACCGUUGGUGUCCGGGGAAGGAUCUCGAUCGCGCUCGUCCAAAUCCGAUCGACUCAAUCCGGAACCGUACAUUCAGAUUCUACAGCUGAUCGAUCAGAAGUACCCACCGACCGAAAAAGGUGAUCUGCUAAUCUUCCUGAGUGGACUGACGGAAAUCACUUCCAUCUGCGAUGCGGCUCGCGAAUACAAUGAGAAGACAAAGAACUGGAUCAUUCUGCCGCUCCAUAGUACGCUGUCGAUAGCCGAACAGGAUAAGGUGUUCGACUACGCACCGGAUGGUAUGCGCAAGUGUAUCGUCUCAACGAACAUUGCCGAAACAUCGGUCACGAUCGAUGGCAUACGAUUUGUGGUGGACAGUGGCAAGGUGAAAGAAAUGAGCUACGAUCCCACGACCAAGAUGCAGCGGCUGAAGGAAUUUUGGAUUUCGCGUGCAUCUGCCGAGCAGCGUAAGGGACGGGCCGGGCGUACGGGCCCUGGUGUAUGCUAUCGGUUGUACGCGGAGCAGCAAUUCCACGACUUUGAACCGUACAGUACGGCCGAAAUUCUGAAGGUACCACUGGAAUCGCUCCUGCUGCAGAUGAUCUCGAUGGGUUUGCCGAAUGCACGGUUAUUCCCGUUCAUUGAACCACCACCGAUGGACAACAUCGAAAACGCCAUCGUCGGUCUGAAAGAGGCUGAGGCACUGACGGAGGAUGAAAAGUUGACUCCGCUCGGGAAAGCACUGGCCAGAAUUCCGGUCGACAUUAGCAUCGGUAAAAUGCUGCUGAUGGGCUGUGUGUUCCAGCAGUUGCAGCCUGUACUGACUUUAGCCGCUGCAUUGAGCGUUCAAUCACCGUUUACUAACCGAGCCUACCGAGAUCCCGAUUGUGAGCGCGCCCGCAAAUCCCUCGAAUCAGACCACGGUGAUCCGAUAACGUUACUGAACGCCUACAAGGAGUGGCUAGAGUUGAAGCAAAACCGUACCGAAUACAGCCAUCACCACCGAGACCGGGAUGAUGAUCGACGUGGGGAAAACUCUAAAACGUGGUGCCGCCGUCGAGGACUGGAGGAGCAGCGGUUCUACGAGAUUACGAAACUGCGCAACCAGUUCCAGGAUCUACUCCAGGACUGUGGUCUAAUGGAGGCGCAGAGCAGUGCUGAGCAUCUGUCCAGUGCCGAACGAGCGAUCCGCAACGGAGAACUACGCCAGUUAAAGGAGCUACGCAAAGCGCACCGGAUGGAGGCACCAAGAAAGCGGAAACUACUCAAAUCCGAUAUUUGGGGCGCGGGAGAAGAAGAUGGCGACGGAACCGAAGGUGACGGACGUGUCGAUAUACGGGAUGUGGAGUUCCGAUUGAGCCACGACACUUCAAAGAUUCAAAAUCUACUCACCGGUGCAACGGCUUGCAGUUACCGGGAUCUAAUGACACUGAAGCUGAUUCUAGUCAGUGGUCUAUACCCUCAGGUGGCCAUUGCCGAUGAGUUCAACUAUUGUAAGAGUUUAUCAGAACAAUUUUUCCACACCCGAUCAAAACCGUACGUCUCGCUACAUCCGAUGAGCUUCUUCGGUAACAAUGCCCAGCUACUGCAGCUGACGGAAACGGAAAUCGAGGACAAACCGGUCCUUUACAAAUCACGCCAACCGCUCAGCGCACGCCAUCAGCUCGUUUGCUAUCUGACGCUGCUGGAAACGAACAAAUCUUACCUGACCAACACAUUACGUAUGCCGGCCGCUCAAACGUUGCUCCUGUUUGCGCACACCAUCGAAACGAACAGUACCUGCUCCCGGAUCGUGUGCGAUGCGUGGCUGUGUUUGGAUUUCCCAUCAAUUCCCGAAAGUGGCCAGACGUUACUGCUUAAGGCUACCAAAUUAAGGCGCCUGUGGAACCGUCUACUAGCCGAGAAGCUUAAAGCAUUAACCAUAACGGCCGAUGGAGAGCUGACAAAAGGGGAACGGCAGCAAUCGAUCGAGCAGAUGAACCACGAACUGUGGUCCAACCUGGCCCAAUUUAUGAACACGGAGGUAUGCUACACGAUCAAGAAGCUUCUGCCGGCGGAUCUGAAAGCUAUCUACAAGGGUCCACCGAUGGUGGAUGAUGACGAGGAAGCGACGCUUGAGAUUCCUUCUCCCAAUCCGUUUUCCGACGAUUUCCAACCACUGCCUAAUGCGGUAAAAGGUGGAAUUUAUCUUACCGAACACAUUACCUACGGAUGCCUUGUCGAGACCGAUUGGAGCAUGCAGAUGUACGAGAUGAUACUGGAGCACGACUGGGAGUGUAUUCACUGUGGAGGUACCUAUCGUUUGACCGGUUUACAGAAGCUGCAACAUAUGGAGACCUGCCAACCGGCAGCGGAAGUGAAGCCUGAGACGCUAGAUGCUGACGCUCUACCUUGUGAGCGUGCUAGUUCCUCGAAGAAAAAACUGAACGCUAGCCGGUACGAGUGUCCGUCCUGCGGUCGCCGGAUGAUGUUGAGUGCAAUCGAAGUGCUGAAACAUAAGAAAAGUUGUCGGAAGGAAGCAGCGCUUUCGGAUGGAAAAGUGAAACAGGAGCCAAAUGAAGAGAUGGUCGCUCCGUGAUUCCGCACCUGUGCCACGAGGUGCCACACUAACGUCAUUGCGUGUCGAAAUUUUCAAUAUAUAAGUAUAUAUAUAUAUUUAUAUAUAUGUAUACCUUUGGCUCUUACAGUGAUUCGAGUUUGAGUAUUGAAAUAUAACGUUUGGCAUC